AGUUUUACAUUUAUCUUGUACUUUAAUUAACUUGAUUAAAUGCUUUAAAUAUUACAAAUGGUCGGAGUUUCAUUCACAGGGGAAAUCAUUUCUGUGCCUUUUAAUUAUUAAUUAGAAUCAGACAGAAACAUUCUUUUGUGUCACAAAACACAAUUGAUUAACAACAAUCAGAAACGACUUAGAAAAGGAAAAUAAAUAAAAUUUUAUUUAAAAUAUCAAUUUGUUUACACAAAAUAAUUCUUGAUUAAUAAAUGUGCAGAACAAAUUUUGUAUUCGUAAAACAUUCAUUUAACGUUAAUCCGAUAUUGUUCCUUCGAAUGCAACGGAAAUAAACGAGGAAAUUAAAAACUGUAUACGUCAUAUUUCUGUCGGAAAUCGACGUCACUGACGUCAUAAUUUAUCGUGUUUUUAGUCAGAAAACAGGAGUAACAGUAUAAAAUUCUUAGGUACACGGUUUCACUACUGUGUUUUUGCCGCUCUUCGUGUCGGAUGAAUUAGAAGUGUCGUCGGACGAGAUGAGGUUGGUUGUCUAUUUGCAAUUCCUAUUUCUAGUGGUAAAUUCCUGUCGAGAGUUUUGGCAACAUUGGAAAAAUGUUACUUGCACGUCAUCGGCAGACAUCUGCUACGAAUCGAAAAACUUUUCCUCCGUUGAAAUAUUAAAUCAAUUUUUAUCCAUCAAGUGCGGCAAAGAAACAAUUGACUCUCGUUUAAUGCGAUGUUUGGACGUUAAAAAUGUACAAGAGAUAGAAUUUAAAAAUUGUUCUCUGUCAGGAAUUGACUUUGGGAUAUUCACGUUUGGGUAUGGAAUCGAACACGUCAAAAUAUUUUACGUAUCAAACGUGUAUGAAAGAAAGUUCGAAAGCAAUUCGUUUAAUAACAUGUCUUCUCUGCGAUCUGUCGUAAUAAUAAACGUGAAAACCUCGGAACUUCUAAAUCUGACAUUUCGCAAUGUUCCCUCGCUGACUUCAUUGAGAAUUGUCUUCUAUAACUUCACUUUAUUUCCCAACAAACCUUUCCGAGAGUUAAUUAAUCUUUCCGAAUUAUACAUCACUGGUGGUAAGUUAAAAGUUUUACCCGAAGAUCUAUUUUAUAACCUUUACAAUUUGACAAAACUGGACUUAAGUUACAACAGCAUCGAAUCGAUUCAUCCACUUGUCUUUAGAAAUCUCACUCGAUUGGAAUGUUUGGAUUUAGAAUAUAAUCGGAUAAAAGAUUUACCCGGUGACAUGUUAAAAGGUCUUUGUAAUUUAAAGACGUUUAAAAUUAGUUGGAACCAUGAAUUAUCAGAAAUUCCGUCCGGUUUCUUUAAGAAACUGUCCAACUUGACUGAAAUUAAUGCAGUGUUUUGUUCCUUUAUUUCACUCGAAGAAGAUGUAUUUUCUGACUUAAUUAAUUUGAAAGACGUCGAUUUAGUUUUCAACCGGAUUGAACAUCUCCCUCCAAAUCUUCUCAGAAAUAAUAAACUCCUGAAACGAUUUUCCUGUUCGUUGAAUAAAAUAUCGACACUUCCAACAGGAAUUUUUCAUGGACUUUCUGAACUGCAAACGUUGAACUUGCACACAAAUCGUUUAGAAAAUCUUCCCGAAGAUGUUUUUCAAAGUUUGUCUUCAUUGCAGAGACUCGAUUUAUCAUUCAAUCGUCUGACAUUUUUACACGAAAACAUUUUCCUCCCAUUGACUAAUUUAAAGUAUCUCGAUCUGUCUAACAACAAUUUAACUAAAAUUAUCGGGAAGCAUCCUUUUGGCAGCAGCAAACAUCUGAGUACUCUCCGUUUAAAGAAUGUCGGUUUCACACAAUGGCCGGUGAUAAAUUGGACACAAUACAACUUGACUGAAGUCGAUUUCUCAUAUAAUAGUUUUGAAACCGUCAAAUUGCCAAUUUACACACCAAAUCGAAUGCAAAUGAAUCUGUCUAACUGUAAAAUCAGAACAAUUCACUUAGAUGAGAGGAAAUAUGGAUUUCAAAUGCCGACUUAUAAUUUAAGUAAUAACGAAAUUACUUGUGACCACAAACUGCAGAAAUUCGUUUCUUUCGUUAAGUCAAAUAUAAAAGUAGCAAAGAAAAUGUUUCCAAAUAUAGAAAACACGAAAUGUUACGGAGAAGAAAGAAAUUUGCUCGAUAAUACAUCUCUCGUAGUCAUAGGAAAUAAAUGUCCGAUCAAUUGCGAAUGUUUUAAAGAACAAAACCACGUGAUUGUCAAUUGUUCCGGAAAGGAAAUCGACAGAAUUCCCGACGUUCUGUUCCCGAAUGCCACGAUUGUCGAUUUAAGUAAUAAUUACAUAAAAGAGUGGUCAAAUAUCGAUUGCGUGACGUGGAGAAACGUCACCCGUCUGCAUCUUAGUAAUAAUUCAAUAAGUAAUAUCCCGGAUUAUGUUAUUUUACCAAACAUGAAAUGUCUGUGGUUGGACGGAAACCGGUUAAUCGAAUUAUCUUCCGGACUAAUGAACCUGAUCGAUGUUUCUCCGGAAUUUAAAAUUUACUUGUCCAGAAAUAAUUGGAAUUGCCAUUGCCAUUCGAAAUUUACUAAGGACUGGUUGCUUAGAAACCGACAGAAAAUUGCAGAUUUCUCCGAUGUUUUUUGCGCGAGAAAUUCGUCUCUUGUGUCUUUCAUCGAAAUUGUUUCUAAUGAUCACUGUAAACAAAUUGUAGAAGACAAUUUGGCAUCGUCAGCAAAUGCUUCUUCGAAUGAAGAUUAUUUUAAUGAAGUUAGGUCUGUUUUUGGAUGGAAAAUCGCAGUUGCUGUUCUUACUUCGCUAAUGUUAUUCAGUUGGAUUGUGUUUGCUUACUUUCUUUAUUGUCGCAGAGAAAGAAAUUUCCAGAAAGUGCCAAAGCCCGGUGAUGAAGAAGUGAUUUAUUACAAUGCUUACACUUGACGAAUUCCGUAAUUACGACAAUUCAAAUAUAUCUACUUUUAUCAAUUUAAUCAGGACUUGCCAAUAAUUUGUUAUUAUGUUGCAAUUGUUUCUGUAGAAAUUAAUUCUGUUUAUUUCAAAUGUGAUGUAACAAAUGUUACUUUUUCUGGUAAAUUCUGAUUAAGUAUUAUAUAAAAUGUGUUAUAAUUAAAAUAAUAAAGCUGUAAAUAAAUCGCAAAGUCAAUACUGAAAUUCGACAAUAAAACAAUACUUUAUAUACAGAAAGUAAAGAAAUGAAAGCAACAAUUUAUAAUUCAGAAAAAUUAUUAUUAAAAUUUCUAUCUUCUGUAACGCAUCGUUGAUAUUUCGAUAAGAGUUAAUAUUUUUCUAUAGAGAAUCUCUCGCAAUUCGUUUCGAGAUUUAAUGCUUUCAACCUGUUAUUUUUCUGUAAUUCAACUUAAUGUAUUUUAUACUUUGAACAAGUAAAGGAAGGAAGACUGCACUCACUUUACAUUAUAGUGUAAAUAUAUUUAACAGUGCAAAAUAUUUGUAUACAUAAAUUUAAUGGUUUUUCCGAAGGAAAUUACGUCGAAAUCUUUGAUUAUCCAGUGUUUAUUAUACAAUGUUUGGAGAUUCUGUCAGUUUUUGAUCUCAAAUGCUUUAGCUACAUUGCGGCUUAACGUUUGCUUCCUCCACACAAUUAAUGUUCAGUUACUUUCAGAUUGACUUUUUCGUUUAGAUAAAAUAUCUCAAUCGCAGAGACUUGGGGAAAAUAUAAGAGUGGAAAUGAUAAGAGAUAAUAG